AUGAAAAUCCAGGUUGAUCCAAACACAGACCCACCAUCAGUGAAGGAAGAGUUAGUAUGUGAAUUACUACAGGAGCUUGACCCCUAUAAAUCAGUGGGCCCUGACGCUAUCCGCCUGAGCAUGUUGAGGGAGCUGGCUGAUGUCAUUGCGAGGCCACUCUCCAUAAUUUUUGAGAAGUCAUGGAGACUGGGGGAUGUCCCAGAGGACUGGAGGAAAGUGAAUGUUACCCCUAUCUACAAGAAGGGCUCAAGGGUGGAUCCGGGUAAUCAUAGGCCCAUCAGUCUUACUUCAGUCCCUGGGAAAGUUAUGGAACAAAUCCUCCUGGGGGCCAUCACAAGUCAAAUGAAGCAUGUGACUGGGAAAAGCCAACAUGGCUUCAGUAAGGGCAGAUCAUGCUUGACAAACCUGGUGGCCUUCUGCGACAAAGUGACCUGCUUGGUUGGCAUGAAGGGAGCAGUAGACAUCGUAUACCUGGACUUCUCCAAGGCUUUUGACACGGUUCCCCAUGGCCUCCUCCUGGAGAAAUUGAUACAUUAUGGCCUAGACAAGUGGUCUGUGUGGGAGGAUGUCUUCCUGUUGCAGAUGCUGCACUCCCUGCUCGAAGUGGCGGGGGUGCAGGAGGCGGGGGGGACAGUGCCUCCUGCCUCCCCUCCUUCUCUAACACCACCACCCCUCCCACACCCUUCUGCCUCUCUGUCUCCCCAGCCCUUGCUCCUCUUCCUGCUCUUCGUUGGACCUUUCAACUGCUUUGCCAGUUACAGCCGCGCAACCGAGCUCUUCUUUGGGCAGCGCCCUGCAGCCUCCCAGCCCCCACUCUCCUUCACUUUGGCCUCCCGUGGCCUGGGGGGACAGUAUGUACAGCUGGACAACCGCUCUGGAGAGCUGCACACCUCAGCUGUGGAGAUUGAUCGGGAAGCAUUGUGCGUGGAGAGCAGUGGGGCCACCGUCUUUGGAGGAGCAGCUGCUGUCUCCUCCUCCUUACCCUCAUCUGAGUCAUGCCUGCUGCUACUGGAUGUGCUGGUGCUGCCGCAGGAGUACUUCCGCCUGGUGAAGGUAAAAAUCGCUAUCCGGGAUGUCAACGACAACGCACCCCGGUUCCCUGUGCCCCACAUCCGCCUCUCAGUGCCCGAGAAUGCACCUGUGAACACCCGCCUGCCUAUCGAGCACCCCGCCCUUGACCCUGAUGUGGGCACCAAUGGUGUCCAGACCUACCGUCUGCGAGAUAACUAUGGUGUUUUCACCCUGGAUGUGGAGGAGAAUGAGAAUGGGGAGAGGACACCCUACCUGAUUGUCAUGGGGGCUCUGGACAGGGAGACACAGGAGGAGUAUGUCACGGUCAUCAUUGCUGAGGAUGGGGGGACUCCUCCACUUGUGGGCAGUGCCACCCUCACUAUUGUCAUCAGUGACAUCAAUGACAACUGCCCCCAGUUCAGCGACUCACAGCUCAACGUCACCCUUUAUGGGAAUUCCAGUCUAGGGACACACGUGGUCACUGUCCAUGCAGUAGACAUGGACCUUGGAUCCAAUGCUCAGAUCACCUACUCCUACAGCCAGAAGGUCUCCCAGUCAUCCAGAGACUUGUUCCAUCUGGAUGAAAGCAUGGGAACCAUCACACUCUCCAGUAAAGUCAAUGGGGACACUCCAAGGCUCCACAGGCUGAUCAUAUUGGGCAAUGGUCCUGGUUGUAUCCCUGCCGUGAUCACAGUGCUAGUGACCAUCAUCAAAGUCAUGAUGAGGCCACCUGAAGUUGUCCCUCGUUUCAUAGCUAAUGAAGCAGAAGGGGUGGUGUACUUAAAGGAACUGGAGCCUAUCAAUACACCGAUAGCAUUUUUUACCAUCAAAGACCCUGAUGAAAAAUACAAAGUCAAUUGCUAUUUGGAUGGUGAUGGGCCUUUCAGACUUUCACCAUACAAGCCAUACAAUAAUGAAUACCUUUUAGAGACCACAAAGCCUUUGGACUAUGAGACACAGCAGCUGUAUGAAAUCUCUGUAGUUGCGUGGAACUCGGAAGGAUUUCAUGUCAACAAAAUAAUCAAAGUACAGGUUCUGGAUGACAACGACAACUCGCCAGUUUUCUCUCAACAGCUGAUAGAAUUAUCCAUUGAGGAGAACAAUGUUCCCAAUGCUUUCUUGACCAAACUGCAUGCUACAGAUGCUGACAGCGGAGAAAGAGGGCAAGUGUCCUAUUUUUUAGGGCCUGAUGCCCCUUCCUAUUUUUCUUUAGAUAAAACCACAGGAGUUCUUACAGUUUCCACCCAACUGGACAGAGAAGAAAAAGAGAAAUAUAGAUACACUGUCAAAGCAGUAGAUUCUGGGUUCCCUCCAAGAGAAUCAAUAGCAACUGUCACCAUCACUGUAUUGGAUAAAAAUGAUAAUAGUCCAAGAUUUAUCAAUAAGGAUUUCAGCUUUUUUGUGCCAGAAAACUUUCCAGGCUUUGGUGAAAUUGGAGUUAUAAGUGUCACAGAUGCUGAUGCAGGGCAAAAUGGAUGGGUUGCCCUUUCAGUUCUGAACGGAAGCGAUAUUUUUGUCAUAGAUACUGGAAAAGGAGUUUUGAGAGCUAAAGUCUCCCUGGACAGGGAACAGCAAAGCUCUUACAUUCUGUGGAUCGAAGCAGUUGAUGGUGGUGAUCCUGCCCUCUCCUCUACCGCAAAAAUAACUAUCCUUCUUCUAGACAUAAAUGACAAUCCCCCUUUAGUCUUGUUUCCUCAAUCUAAUAUGUCUUAUUUGUUGGUCCUUCCUUCUACCCUUCCUGGCUCUCCCAUCACUGAAGUCUAUGCUGUUGAUAAGGACACUGGCAUGAAUGCAGUCAUAGCUUACAGCAUCAUAGGAAGAAGAGGCCCUCGACCAGAGUCAUUUAGGAUUGACCCUAAAACUGGUAAUAUCACCUUGGAAGAAUCACUGAUGCAAAAUGACUAUGGCCUCUAUCGGCUGCUUGUAAAAGUUAGUGAUCACGGCUAUCCUGAACCUCUCCAUUCUACCGUCAUGGUGAACCUUUUUGUCAAUGACACUGUUAGCAAUGAGAGCUACAUUGAAAGUUUGUUAAGAAAGGAGCCUGAUAUCAGUAUAGAAGAAAAGCAGCCACAAAUAUCCAUAGAGCCUACACAUAAAAAAAUGGAGUCAGCAUCCUGCAUGCCUACCUUGGUAGCUCUGUCAAUAAUAAGCUUGGGUUCAAUUGCUUUAGUAACAGGGAUGGGCAUUUACAUCUGUCUAAGAAAAGGAAAAAAGCAUCACAGAGCAGAUGAAAACUUGGAAGUACAAAUCCCAUUAAAUGGAAGAAUUAACCUGCACAUGUUGGAGAAGAAACCAAUGGAGAUUUCUAACAUUUGA